UGCGGAGAGCUGAAUGUGGGACCUCAGGACAGGAGCAUCUCUUGUUCCUCCUGCUUUCCACGCAAGCCCAAGUUUGUUCCCAGGUGAACAAGAAAGUGUUCAGUCCCUCGCUGCUCAAGAGUCCUCUGCGGGGCUCUGGAAGGCUUCCAGGGCUUAAUGUGCUGGUUCCCUUCCUCUGAAGUAGGAGAUAGUGUUACUAACAGUGCUGUGUCUGUUCCCUUGUCAGACACAGAGCUCUCACUGAAGUGCUUCUGCACACUGCCUCUGUCAGGUUUUGGUUUUGUUUUUUUUUUUCUCUGCUACAUGCCACGUGGUCUGCUAUUGGGAAGACCAGCUGGGCAAUCUCUGGAGCAGUGCUCUAGCAAGGAACUCCAGCAGCUUAGCAAGCAAUACAGCAAUAUCAAGCUCCUCCAACUGGAUGUGGUCUGUGAAAACAGCAUCAAGAAAGUAGUCAAGGAGGUGGAAGAAAUCGUGGGAGACAAAGGUUUGAACUGCCUCAUUAACAAUGCUGGCAUCAAUGUACUUGCUUCCUUGGAAGAAGUCACAGCAGAGACAAUGCUCACCAUUUAUGAAACCAAUACAGUUGCCCAGCUGAUGGUCACCAAGGCAUUUCUACCCCUUCUGAGGAAGGCAGCCCAGUUGAGCACAGGAAUGGGCUGCCAUAGAGCUGCAAUUAUCAAUAUGUCCUCUCUUGCUGCCUCCAUGCAACUCGUCCAGGCAAAUGAGAUGUUCCUCAAGGUCUACCCUUACAGGAUAGCAAAGACUGCACUGAAUAUGAUCACCAGGUGUCUUGCUGCAGACUUGAAAUCGGAUGGAAUUCUCUGUAUUUCUCUGCAUCCAGGAUGGCUUCAGACAGACAUGGGUGGAAACAUGGCUCCCAUGCAGGUGCAAGAGGCUAUCCCAGGUAUUCUCUCUGUUCUGGACCGUCUUGGUGAAAAAGAAAAUGGUUCCUUCCUGGACUGGCAAGGGGAAACUCUACCAUGGUAGAAGUGCACAGUAUAGUACAGAAACAGCAUGUCAGUCACUAUUUAACUUGUGCCACUAAUGUCUGUGUCUCUAGGGUUUUCUUACACGCUAGUCGAAAUAGCCAGUCUGAUAUCCAGCCUCUCUCUAGGUGUAUUUGAAAAGUGAGACGGCUGACUAUUCUACUUGGUAUUGCUACUGCUCUGUUCUAAUGCUUCCUGCAAAUACUACUGUGCCCUUAGUGAUGGGCAUCUCCUGGAACCAUGUGAAAUAGAUUUAAAACUGCAUGUUGAAUCCAGGGGCUGGUUCCUCUUCACUUCCAAAACCAAAGUGGGCCUCACUCUCUGCAGAAGUAAAUGAGCUGACCUCAGAGUAAGGCCAGUAUAGGCUGUCAGAUUCCAGUACAUUCAAUCUGCUGGAGAAAUGUCUCUGGAAAAGAUCCUUUGGUUUCAUUCAAUCCUAACUGAGCCACGGCUGAAAUUACCCAGCUCUAAAAUAGGUGAAUUUGGUACUUCUGUAAAUUCCUCCGCAACCUCUGAGUGUUCCCAGACACUUGCUUUGUUCCCAGUGGGUGACUAACAUUCUGAUAUGGGGGUAGGAAUGUUGUUUUGUACAUAAACUUCUGAAGUGUCUUCAAUAAAGUCUUGUUUAAACAAA